AUGGCCAUCAAUCACUCUUCUCCAGUAAGUUCUACGGAUUACAGACUCGGCUUUUCUGAGCCCGGGUCUUCCGGGACUUUUCUGAGGAAUAAUCAUCUUCCAAAGGGCCAUGUUUUCAACCGUCUUUCAGGCUUUUCUGGUUUGACUGCUGAUGUUGAUAUGAAUUCUUCUUUUGAUCCUACGGAUAACAGAGCUAGCGAUUCAAAAGCUGGUUCUUCCGGAAUCAAAAAACUGUCAACAUACAAGAGAAGAAGGCCACACAUGAACCGCAGGAAAAAUCAAGGUCAACAAGGGAUAGAUGCAAAGUCAAAAGACCAAGUGAGUAACUCUAUUGCCCUGGGAAAAAGAAAAGCUGAAAAAGAAGUCAAGAGCAAGAGCAUUCGAGGCAGGCGCCUCAAACCAUUGGUGGUCCCAAAUGAGGGACCGUCCAAUCCAUAA